AUGGACGAUGCUUCAGAUGACGAAGCUCAGGAGGUAGGGUGGAAGGUUGUGGUUGAUGCAGGCAAGAAGAAAAAGAAGAAGACAAGCGGUAGGGUGGAAGGUUUUGUUCACGCAGGAAAGAAACUUAAAGAAACUAAAUCGAAUAUCUUUUUUGGAGGUGUUAAAGAUGAAACUAAACUCAAGAUACUUGAGCUAAUGCAAAUGGAUGUUGGUACUUUUCCUCUGAAGUACUUAGGUGUUCAUCUCAGGCCUACUAAAUGGAAAGCUGCUGAUUGUGGGGUGAUUUUGGACAAACUUCACAAGAAUCUCAACUGCUGGGCGAGUAGGAACCUUUCCUUUGCAGGGCGGGCUCAGCUUAUUCAUUCAGUGCUGCUUGGUAUUCGGAACUUCUGGAUGAGCAUAUUCAUCUUGCCUUCCAAAAUAACUGCUGCUAUUGAUAAAUGUUGUCGCGAUUUCCUUUGGGGUUCUAGAGGGAACAGGAGUAAGUUUCAUCUCUCGUCUUGGGAGAAGGUGUGUCUUCCGAAACAUUUGGGUGGCAUUGGCUUUCGUGAAGGAAAGAAGUGGAAUGUUGCUGUGAUGGCUAAGUACAUUUGGGCCUCUUCUAGUAAGCAAGAUUGUCUUUGGGUUAAAUGGAUUAAUUCCAUCUAUCUGAAAAAUCAUACUAUAUGGAGUGUCCCUUUUAAGCAGGAUAUGAGUUGGUACUUCAAGAAGCUGCUCAAAGUUAGACAGUCUACUGAUAUUCUUUCUUUGCAGCUGGCUGAAAAGGGAGGGAAGUUCAGAGUUAAGAAGUUUUAUUUGUCCAUGAUAUCUGCUCAAAGAGCUUUAUAUGCAGAGACGGUUUGGAACAAAAUUAUUGUGGCCUAG